AUGCCCUGUCUUUAGUGUCCAAGGUGUCGUUGCCUCGAUUUUCAGUUGGUUUUCUUCUCUGUUGACGAAAUCUGUUCAAAACGGUUCUCGUAAAUCCCUCAAAGAUGCCAGAAAACUUUAAAUUCACUGAUGCUUUCAACAGUCAGACUGUGCGCGGUCGUGCUAAUGUAGCCAAGGCCACCUGGUUAUCGGUGGGGCUGAUCUACCUGCUGGUCAAGAUGCAACGGAACAAAUCGAAGCGCCUAGAUGCCAAGCUCUACUGCAAGGGAUGCCAGCAGGUGCUGCCAGGCUAAGCUGUUAAAGGGUUAAUUCCUCAUCAUAUCAUCAAGGGGAAUUAAAAGUUACAAAAUCUCGUGUUAUUUGCUAGGUUAAUAAUCAUAAAAUACUGUCUAAAAAGCAUUAAAAUACAGCUAAAUCAAGCUGAGAAGAAAUAUUAUAA